GUCUUGUAGAAAUUUGCCUGAUGCAUCCCCUCGAUGUGGUGAAAACCAGGUUCCAAAUUCAAAGAGGAAAAUCUGAUCCCUCCGGGUACAAGAGCCUUGGAGACAGUUUUAAAACUAUAUUCCGGACGGAAGGAUUGUUUGGUUUCUACAAAGGUAUCCUCCCUCCAAUCUUGGCUGAAACACCCAAAAGAGCAGUAAAGACGUUUGCAGUUGCGGGCUUGGGAUCCGGGCUAACAGAAGCAGUUGUGGUUAACCCUUUUGAAGUAGUCAAGGUUAGCCUCCAGGCGAAUCGGGAUGCUUUCAAAGAGCAACCAUCCACCUUUGCUAAAGCUCACCAAAUUAUUCAGGCCAAUGGAUGGGGUCUGCGUGGACUCAACAAAGGGCUGUCUGCUACUUUGGGACGUCAUGGAGUUUUUAAUAUGGUCUAUUUUGGAUUCUACUUCAAUGUGAAAAACAUCAUUCCUGCCAAUAAGGAUCCAACGUUGGAGUUUCUGAGAAAAUUUGCAAUUGGGCUAGCCUCAGGAACAAUAGCCUCAAUUAUUAACAUCCCUUUUGAUGUUGCAAAGAGUAGGAUUCAAGGACCACAACCUGUGCCUGGAGAAAUCAAGUACAGGACCUGUUUUAAAACGAUGGCAACCGUUUAUAAAGAAGAAGGAUUUCUAGCUUUGUACAAAGGCUUGGUUCCCAAGAUCAUGAGGCUAGGACCAGGUGGUGCAGUGAUGCUGCUGGUUUAUGAAUAUGUUUACGGGUGGCUUCAAGAAAACUGGUGACCAAAAGUACUAAUUUCAGGCUGAAAAUAAUGUAAAACAAUUCCUAUCAAUUUUUUUAAAAUGUGUGCAUCCCUAUUUAUAGGCUUAGAAAAGAAGGGAUAAUUGUACAAUGGUGGAAAAUGAAUGCCCUUGGUUAUUGAAGGCGAGUAGUAGUAAAUAUUCUUUAGGGAAAAAAGAUGAUAUAUUUCAACCCAGAUACCUAUCCCAUUAAGUAUUUUAAAAGAAUAUAAUGUAUGUAUGUCAAGCAAAUUAAAAGUGUUAAUUUGAACUCUCUCUCCUUGGCUCAUUGAUUGAACAAAUCUGUUGUUGAAGAUGCCUGCCUAAAAACCAGAAGACUGUAAGUUCUAGUCUCACCUUAAGGCUAAAAACCAGCUAGGUGACAUUAUGCCAGUCACUCUCUCUCAACCAAUUCAUUUCAUAGGGUUAUUGUUAUGGAGAAAAAUAGGAAGAGAAAGGAGUAUUAGUAUAUUACUAGUAUAUUACUAACCCUGAGUUCUUUAUAAAAAUAAAAAGGCAGGGUAUAAAUAAAUAAACAUUAUAAAGUUGUUAUAAAUUGAGAUCUUAAUUUUAGAGUCCAGUCUUAUAUUUAGAUUCCUGAAUCUGGUGAAGAGGAGAGUUAAACUCAGAAUUGAGUACCACUAAAUUUAAUUGGAGUUGCUAUCAUGUUUGAUGAAGUGAACAACUCAUGAUAUCUGGGCUAUCAGAUCUGGGCUUCAAAAAUCCAGAUGACCACUAAAUAGCACCAAAUAGUUGGAUGGAGUUGUACUUCGAUCAAGUACCUGUAACUCUAUUACUGAUUGUAUUAUUAAGUAUGCCCUCCUUACAGAUGAUUGUGUUACAUGUUGCUUGGAGCUGCUAUUGAAAAUUACUCUAAAAAUUGAGCUGAUAAAAUAAAUUAAUGAUUCCCAUCCUUCUUGAAGCUGGACAGUCAAAUGAAGUAUUGUAUUCCAUUCAUUCUGCAUCAACUGGGCUCCUUGUCAGUUCAUGUUUUACUCAAGUUGAAAUACUUUGGUGCUUUAAAACUCCAAACAACAUUAUCAUUUGGCAUUUUAAAAUUAUUUUUGAAAUACCUACUUACUGGCCCACCAUUAUGGCCUUUAAAGUAACAGACAUUAGAGACAGGUCCUUGUUAGUGGUAGCCCCUACCCUUCAGGUUUCCUCUGUAAAGAGCACAGUCUGGCUAUGAAAACGAUUCUACUUUUCUAUGGCUUCUGGUUUUAAGGUUUUUAAUAUUUGCUCUCAUCAAAUAUUUGAAACUGCAUUUUGUUUUCCAUGUAAGAUAUCUCUAUCAUUUGAUACUUCAUAUUAUUGGUUUAUAAUGCAAACUGUAUUCAAAAGACUAUAAUGCCAAAAGAUGGCUAUGAAAUAUAGGUUUUAAAAACUAUUUCUCAAAAUUUCAAAGAAAAGUGAGAUAAUUGAAUUAUUUUUUUUAAAAAAAUAUUUUUAUAAUGAUGUUUGAGGCAUGUUAUGUGCAAGACAGAUGGAGACAUUUUAGCAUUUUUAAAGAUAUUUGUGUUGACAUAAUCAUGUAAAAAAUUUGCCUAGAUUAUAUUACACUGGCUUUUUAAAAAUAUUCGUAAGUAGUUGAUGUCAACAAAAUGUUUUGUUAUGUAGUAAAUGUUUCCAAUGCAGAAAUUAAAAGUCUUCAGAUGAAAUCUGAUAUUUCUCUAUUUUGUUGUUGUUGUUGUUGUUAAUUUAGCAUGUUCAAAAUUCAAAAAUAAAAUACAUGUACAUACAUAGCUUUUUGCUGUACUUUCUUUCCAACAUGUCUUUAAGUAUAUUUUCAACCUCAUAUUUCAGUAGGAUAAAAUCAUUUGAUAGUAACCUCAACCCCAAAUAAAUGUUACUUUUAAUGACUAGAAAGACUUGCUUUUCUUUCUGGGCCUAUAACCUUUGCAGAAUGUGAUAGAAAAACAUGAUUAAUAUUAACCAUGCUGUUUAGAUUUAAAUCUAACUUCUUUCAGUGGGAUGACUUUUUAAUAUAAUAAUUUUAUUAGAAAUUACAAUUAAAAAAUAAAAAAUGCAAACU